AUGUUUUACGGGUCGAUUCCCCUGCGUAUCGCAUUCCCUGUGCACAGGGACACCACGAAAGUGCCGCGCAUGCUGAAGGAAGUUGGCACAUGGCUGUACCGACAGGAGACCGUCGAUGCCUUUCGUGUGUGGUGCAAGGCGAAUGGCGUGCGGGGGCACAAUAACGUGAAGGUGGUGUCCUCCAUGCACUACGCGCGGUGUUUGCGGGCCGCGAGGCACAUUCGCCCCGGUCAGGCGAUCAUUACAUGCCCCCACACCGCCUGCUUCAACUUUCUUGUUGUAGCCAAGGAGAUGUACAAUCUCAAUGGUGCCGCAGCCACACACAACUUUCCGUUGGAGGUGAACUGGAUGAAUUAUGACGAGCGCUGCAAGUUUCUGCGUGGGGCCUCCAUGGCGGAAUUGGUCACCGCGGGGUGGAUGUGCCGCAUCGCCUCGCUGGAGGAGAGCAGCUUCACACCUUACAUCCGAUGGCUGUUGGAGGACACACGGGGGCGUGACGGUGUCGCAAACGGCAUGUCGAAGGAGCGCGGUGAGGACAGCGGGUUGGUUGACCACUACUUCUCUGAAAUGGCAACCGACGCGUGCGAAGAUCCGGAGGUGUUCCUGGAGAACCUUUUCCGCAGCUUUGCCGCGCUGCACCUCCGCGCCGUUCCCAUUGAGUCUGCGGCAAUUUGCCUUUUUAUUCCCGGCACAAACUUCUUCAAGGCGAAGUCAGAUGAAAUGUUUGUGCCCACUCUUAUCCCACUUGUAGAUGCCGUGCCACAGUUGGAAGAUGAUGCACACAACACAGUAGUGCAGUACUUUCCACACGACAGGAGCGACAAGGAGUCGUUGGCGCGGCGGUGUCGGGAGCUUUUUCUCCCUGAAGAGGAGAUGCGGGCGAUGGAGGCGCGACUUUCCCAGGGGGAUGGUGACAGCGGUUUCUUUGCGUUGCGUGCAUUGUGUCCAAUCGAGGAGGGCGAUCAUUUGUACCUGCGAGGUGUGCCGAAGUUGGGUGACGCAGCAAAGGAGUCGAUGACGGUGAAAGUCAUGGAGGCCAACCGACUCAUGAGUAAUGACUGA